AUGAAUGAAUGGGCAUGGGAGAUGGGAAGUCAAUGUAGUGUGCCAUCUGCUUGGUCAAAGCCCAGCACUGUCCACAGCAGCAUAAGCAAGCUCAGCAAUGCCACGGGUGACGGUCUUAUUCCGGGCCUGGUCGACGGCCAACGGCUCUCUUCCGUCAAGCCCUGUGCUGUGCCCACCUCCGGCGGCAAAGUGGUUGUAAGCCUCCGCAAGGAGGUGCCUCAAGGCUUCUGGGACAGAUUGGGCAUUGUCCUGGUCAAUGGCCCUGUGCAGAAGAAACUUGUGCCGACAGGUGUCAAGAAGGGCAAGAAGCUCUGCGUGGAGGUGCCAUCUGGAAUGGAAGCAGGUGACUACGAUGUUCGCCUAUCGUUUGGUGAGAAGAUUAUCCACGGUGCAAUACCUCUGGCGGUUAGAGACGGCGAUGCGGAGGCAGAUGAGGACUUUGACGAUUGA